AUGUCCUCUUCGAUGCAAGCGUCGACACCAGCGGCUGUCAACCCCGCUGACCCUCGUCUUGGGGGAGGCCCCAACGAUUAUGAGAUGGCGGAGAGGCGGCAAGAUAGGGCGGAGGAUGAGGGAAACAACGACGGCUCGGCGGGGGGUGGUGGCGCUGGGCAGGGCGAUGGUACCGCGGACGACGGUCCUGCGAACGACCCAGCCCCCCAACCACUCAUGCAAUACAUGGAUUGGAGCGCCCAGGAUCCCCUCUGGUUCCGAGUCUACCGAGUUCUCUUCUGGCCUCACAUCAAAAUCUAUUUCUACCUGAAACCCCACCUUGCCCGACUGACGGAGUCCGUCUCGGCCUGCGGGGAUUUUGCCAUCGGCUUGUUUUGUUUCAUCACGUGGGCUUUCCUCGCCAGUGCGUCGUUCCUCUUCGCGAGCUGGACGCCUCCAGAUCGAGAGGAUGAGCCAUCAUCAUUAUCCGAAUCGGCGAGCGCGUUCUCGUCUGCGACUGCGGCGUCUUCGACCAGCCUUUGA